GAAAGACAUUUCACCAGUACAUCACAAGGUUCAAAAGAGAGCACAACCGGACAGGACUCAUCAGGCACUAAUCAAGAGAUGUCUUCUGACCUUCCAUUAAUUAUCGUCCCAGAAGAAGAAGACGAUUUGGAUAUCAAUGCCACCUCAUAUGCCGACUGUGGCCACUUUGUGGACUGGGACCGUUACCCCACUUUGAAUGAAGGCAGUUGUACAUUAUCUGUGGAGAUUCCCCAGUCUGUGAAGGACCUUAAACGGAUGGCCAGGGAAGGACAGUGGGCCAACAAAAGAAGUCUACGCGCUGAGGCCUACAACCAAAUAAUUAAAAGCAUCAGAUGUCGUUUAUUUACACCAGAUGCCACUGUCUAUCAUGAUGUAUCUGAGCGCCUAUUUGCCCAUGGAGGUGUACAUGAUCACCCCAUGCCUGAUUUCCUAGAAGGUUGCCUCAUGCCUGUCUAUUGCCUCAAUGCACGAGGGGAAACUGCUGUGAAGAAGAUACUAAUAUGCAUUGGAAACCAAUAUCCAGAUAUUACUUACAGUCCUUCUUUACCUGCAGUGGUAUCCCUACUGCUGCAUUUCAGCGAGGACGAGGCAGAGUGCUUUGAGAGAGCUUGUCGACUCAUCUCAUGUGUUGAGACUCACAAGUGCUACAUUGACCAAAGCUACUUGGCCUAUGAGGCCUCCAGCAUGACCUUUGGUGAUCUAAGCAAAAAAUAUUGCCAAGCAGGACAUAAAUUUAUCACUUCCCAUGCAGAAAAUGCAAUUGAUAUCUUCUCAGAUUGGUUGAUGUGGAUAUUUGGAGAUUUACCCUUUGAUUACGUAAUCAGAGUCUUUGAUGUUUUUCUUCUUGAGGGCAACAAGGUUCUCUACCGGGUGGCGUUAGCCCUGCUAAAACAGUACAGGAUCCAUGUGGACUCAGAUGUUCAGGAUCUUCAGACAGACAUCCAGUGCUUCGUAAAAAAUAUAGCCCAUCAUAUAUCGGUGGAAAAACUGUUAGAGAAAGCGUUCAGCAUUAGACUUUUUUCACACAAGGAGAUGUGGCUUCUUCAGAUGGCCAACAGAAAAGCUUUGUCCCAGAGUGGAAUCACCGUGAUGCAGCCAAGGCAGCCCGCCUAUAUGUCAGUCGACAUGGCGAAUUUCAGCUCUGAAAUUGUCACAGCCCAAGAGAUGAGGGUGGUUUGGUCCUGGAUCCCAUCGAGGUUCUCACUCUACCCACCUGUACUCUUAUUUUCUACGAUGGAGCACGGCUACAGUCUGCAGAGGCUUUAUUCACAAUGUGAAGGAUCGGAGCCCACAAUUCUAUUCAUAAAGACCACGGCAAAUGAGGUUUGUGGUGCCUUUCUCUCCACGGACUGGAGUGAAAGAAGAAAAUGCUGCGGGCAAGUGGCCACCUUUUUUGGCACGGGAGAAUGUUUUGUGUUUACGGUACGGCCAGAGAUGGAGAGGUUUGAGUGGGUGGUAGUAAAAAAGCCAGAAAUGGGGAUGGCAGCCCCCCCUUCGCCGCGUUCCAGACCGCGUUCCUAUUCUCAUGGGUCCCGUCUUGCACCUCCAUUGCAUCACCCAUCACCUCCAAAAUUGUCGUCAGCUCCCAGCAGCCCCUCUCAGCUGUCCAACUUCCUCGCUGUGCCAAUAGAAGCAGCCCCAGCACGCCUCUCUCCGUUCCUGUCUGUUCGUCACUUCCAGCUACCGUCUAAAACAGCCUCCAUGUUCAUGUCUGGGAACAAUCAAGGCAUAAUCAUUGGUGGUGGGGGCGGACAGGCCUUGAACAUUGAUGCCGACCUGAACAUUGGCAGAACCGAGCACUGUGAAACUUUUGAUAACCCCCCUCUCUGUGAAGAGAACUUCCAUAUUCAGCAUCUUGAGGUUUGGGGGUGCCAAGAUUUCGGAAACUAACAGAAAAACCACUUUGGACAAGCUAAGGUCAAUCAGCGUUGUGUACGCACCAGAUACAAUCUACGAACAGACACCAACAAUGGGAGCUGGGGGACGGACAAAAGAAACUUUGUGUGUUCAUAAACCCCUGUGCAUUGUACUAUGGAGAUGGACUAUAAGCUAAACAUAAUAUAUAGAGAACAAACAAAAAAAAACACCCCAGUAUAUUUUCACCCCUAGAGUUCAAUGCACUAAAGACUUAAACAUAAAAUGAAAUUUACACAAAACAAGACUCUGGGUGAAGGCAAAAAUUACUUCAACUUGGUUUUCUGCAGUCCCAAUUGUGAGACAGUGGAACACAAAUGUAAAAAAAUGACAAAAAAAGAACUU